GGGAAGUCAACAGGAGUCUCUGGAUAUACUCACACCUCAAACCUCCAAACAGCGAGGAUCUGACUCUACACCACGUUGGAAACGCCGAGAAUCAGAGAGGUGCGUGGGGACCUGCCCCGUGUUCCUGCGCGCGUGUGUGUGUGGUUUCACCUGGGCAGCCGGAGAAGCAUAGCUGAUGGAGCAAAGAGGAGGCAUAGCUGAGUGUGGAGCGCUGUUGAGCAGAGAGCCGCGUUCAGCGCACAACACGCGCUGCUGACAGGGAGCGGUCUGCUUUUACGCACGAGCUGGGCGUAUUUCUGUCCUGGACUUCACAGGUGAUUGAAGGCAACAUCAUCUGGGAUAGAAAAAAAAGGGAAAAAACACCGUUUUGGAUUGUAUUUUAUUUGAUGGUUGUCGGUGGCAGAACGGGGAUGUAAGUGGUUGAACUCACGUGCGUUUGGAAGACGCGUGAGGCUGGUUCCAGAAGAGCAAAUUGCAGGGGCGUGCAGCUAAUUGAAGUCGACCCGGUGGAUCCUUUUUUGAAUGUGACGCAGCAGCAGAGGUUCUUUCUCCUCCUCCUCCUCCUCUUCCUCCCCAUCUCUCAACUCCAACAUGACUUCACUGUCUGGGACCAAGGAGAGGUCUGUGAGCAGCCGGAGCAGAAAAUAUGGGGUACCUGACACGUCACCGACCAAAUCUGGCUCCUUCUUUCCUGACACAUGGUACAGAAAAGCCUAUGAAGAGACCUCCAGGUCCAGCACACGUCCAACCCCAGAGGGGGCCGGCUCCAUGCCAAGCUCUACAGGCACCCCAUCUCCUGGCUCAGGCAUCUCCUCACCAGGUUCCUUCUCUGGAUCACCAGGAACCAUCUCUCCAGGGAUUGGGACAGGAUCGCCUGGUUCUCUUGGUGGCUCCCCGGGUUUUGGCACCGGAUCACCAGCCUCGGGCAGUGGAAGUUCCCCUGGCAGUGAAAGAGGGAUAUGGUGUGAGAACUGUAAUGCUCGGCUGACGGAGCUGAAAAGACAAGCGCUGAAGCUGCUCAUCCCUGGACCGUACUCCAGCAAGGAUCCCUCCUUCUCCCUCCUGCUCCAUGAUAAGCUUCAGGUGCCUAACAGUUCUCGGCUGGCGUGGAACGAGCGUGACAGUCGCUGCGAUGUAUGCGGCACUCACCUCACUCAACUGAAACAGGAAGCUGUACACAUGGUCCUCACUCUGGACCAGUGGGAUUUGUCUCCCACUUCUUCUCCCCCUGCUCUAAUUGGACGAUAUGGAUCUCAAGGACCUCCAGGUCCGCUGGGAGCUUCUGGAUUACCGGGAGGUCCUGGGCCACGGGACUGGCCUCCUCCUUUUCUCCCUUCCUCCUCCUCGGCUGCUGCUUCCACUUCACAUCCUCCUACUCAAGCAUCGCAGUCACCCUCCCCAAGUCCAAACCAGACCCCAACGCCCAGUCCAAGCCACGGACCAUCCAACCCCAGCCACGGAAGUCCCACAAUGGGGCAAACAUCCAGCUCUAGCCCACAAGCUCAGGGUCCAGGGCCUAGACUGGGGUCGAAGCCCAGCUCCCUGGGUCUUGGUGGUGGAGUGGACAGAAGGAACGGGUCCCCCAGUUCAGGGAAAGCAGCUGGUUCCCAUCAGCAACUAGUGACGGGGGUAAACAGCCCUGGCAAUAACAGUGGUAACGGUAAUAAUGGCAGUGGAGCAGUACUGAGUACAGCAGCUCUGCAGGCCCAUCAGCACAUGAACCGAGCUAAUGGAGGAGUUACACUCUAUCCGUACCAGAUCUCUCAGAUGAUCUCCGAGGCCUUCAGGGAAGGACAGACUGAAGCUGCACUGAACCGCUACAACACACACUCUCCUUCGCACACAAAUUCAUCAUCGCACACCAGCUCUCCCUGUCACACUCCAGCUGUGACCACCACAGCACAGACCGCCACGUCAGCCGCUGCCUCUUUCUUUGCCAGAGCUGCACAAAAGUUAAACUUAGCCUCAAAGAAGAAGAAGCAGAAGGCUGCUGCGGCCACGGCUCCAGUGAGCUCAUCAUCGUCCUGUGACCCACCUCUGUUCCCCACCAACUUCAGCUCUGCCCUGGUGAUGGCCCCACCCCCAGCUCCACCUUGCCUUCUCCGUGCUGUCAAUAAGAUAAAAGAUACACCUGGCCUUGGAAAGGUGAAGGUGAUGGUGCGCGUGUGUCCAGUGUCUCACUCGGAUGCAGCAGAGUCCAGCUCCUUCCUCAAAGUGGACCCCAGGAAGAAACAGAUCACCAUCAUGGACCCUUCAGCCAAUCAGACACCAGGCCCUGCGUCCCAGAAGAGGGCGGGAGCCAAUCAGGUGCCUCCAAAGAUGUUCACGUUUGAUGCUGCAUUCCCUCCUGAUGCAUCACAGGCGGAAGUGUGUGCGGGAACGGUUGCCGAGGUGAUUCAGUCGGUGGUGAAUGGAGCAGAUGGCUGUGUCUUCUGCUUUGGACACUCCAAGCUGGGUAAAUCCUACACAAUGAUCGGCCGUGACGACUCUCUUCAGACUCUGGGUUUAAUCCCCUGUGCCAUCUCCUGGUUGUUUAAACUCAUCAACGAGAGAAAGGAGAAAACGGGAGCACGCUUCUCUGUCCGUGUCUCUGCAGUCGAGGUUUGGGGGAAAGAGGAGAACCUAAAAGACUUGUUGUCUGAAGUGGCGACAGGCAGCUUACAGGAUGGACAGUCACCUGGAGUGUAUCUCUGUGAGGACCCCAUCUGUGGCAUGCAGCUCCAGAACCAGUCUGAACUGCGCGCCCCAACCCCGGAGAAGGCCGCCUGGUUUCUAGACGCCGCCAUAGCCGCUCGCCACAGCAGCCAACACCCAGACACCAGCGAAGAAGAACACAGGAACUCACACAUGCUGUUUACGUUACACAUAUACCAAUAUCGCAUGGAAAAGACGGGAAAAGGAGGGAUGUCUGGAGGUCGCAGUCGUCUCCACCUGCUGGACCUGGGCAGCUGUGAUGUCAAAGCGUUUGGAGGAAAUGAAAGGACCAAGGAGAACUCCCCGCACAGCUCGGCCCCACUGUGCCUCUCUUUAUCUGCCCUCGGCAAUGUAAUCCUCGCCCUGGUCAACGGGAGCAAACACAUCCCAUACAAGGACAGCAAGCUGACCAUGUUGCUAAGAGAGUCGCUAGGCAACAUGAACUGCCGGACCACCAUGAUUGCUCACAUCUCUGCCUCACCCAGAGAUUUCUCAGAAACCCUUUCCACCAUCCAGAUUGCUUCGCGCGUCCUUCGCAUGAAAAAGAAGAAAACUAAAGUCACUGUGCAGUACACAUCCAGCUCCUCCGGAGGAGAGAGCUCCUGUGAAGAGGGCCGCAUGCGACGCCCGACCCAUCUGCGUCCUUUCCAUCACCGCGAUGACACCGACUCUGAUCUUCCCUUGCUGCGGCUGUCCAGCGAUCCGGACGAGUAUUCGAGCAGUGAACAGUCAUGUGACACGGUGAUCUACGUGGGCCCGAACGGGGCUGCAGUGUCAGACCGAGAGCUCACAGACAACGAGGGACCACCGGAAAUUGUACCCAUUAUUCCUGCCCUGCUUCGAGGGAAAACACCAGAGCAGCAUCACACACAAAGUCAAUGUCCGGCAGCAGGAGCCCAGAACAAGCAGGUGCAGUGUCAGCAGGAAGAACAGCUCAGUGCUCCCUCUCAGUCUCUGCUCGGGCAGCCGCUGGCUCCAGUCCCAGAGGAAGGAGCUGAGUGCCUGAAGUGCAACACUUUUGCAGAGCUGCAGGAGAGACUAGACUGCAUCGAUGGGAGUGAAGAGGUGGCAAAGUUCCCCUUUGAAGAGGUUCCAGCAAACAAACAAGCUGCCAAACAGGAGCCAUGUCUCUCUUCAUCUUUGCCAACCACAGUUCCCGCUGCUCCUGUAUCUGCUGCUUUGUCAGAUACAGAAGAAACAACAGGCUCUGCACUUGCUGAAGAGGGUGCUGUGCAGUUCUCCUUUACCUCUUCAGCACCAGCCUCCAAGAGGAGGACCAAUGACCAGCAGCUGCAGGACAUCAAGGAGGUGGUGGAGGAGGCUGAGCUGGCACAGACGAUGAUCCACAGCCUGACUCAAACUUCUGGCUCCUCCAUAGUCACGAGCGCCUGGAGUGUGACUGGAAACAGCAGCAGCAUCACCACCAACCCACUGCACAGGGUCAAAGGCUCCCACCUACAUGACAGCCAUGAGAAUCUCAAUGUGAACAGUAAUUCCGACGGAAAGGCGCGACCGCUUGGAUCACCACGCCUUGGCAUCGCCAGUCUGACCAAAACCUCAGAUUACAGGCCUCCAUCCUCGCCAUCCCAGCGGUGUAAAGUGUACACCCAGAAGGGCGUGAUGCCAACAACACCCCCUCUGUCCUCACAUACUCUGGCUCAAGAUGGACAGCCCACAGAUGCCAUGACCUCUGAUAACAGUUUGGCUGCAGACAGUGGUCGUUCCUCCACAGAGUCCAUUCUGUCCAGAACAUCUCCAGUGGGCAUGAGCCCACAAGUCCGAGAGCCAGCUCCGUCUCUGUCUGCCAGUCUGGGCUCAGCUGAGACGCUGUGUGACGAUGACGUACCACCUAUACCGAUGGAUCCUCACAGAGAUGCCUUAGAAGCUGCAGUAUCUGUAGAAAGAGCUGGACUGAGAGAGGAUGAAGUGGUUUUAACUAUGGUCUCUGGAGGUGAGGAGGACCUUGAUAUUGUUGCUCUCAUGGAAACACGUGGCCUGAGCUGUCAUCCGGCCAGCAUCAUCAGUUUCAAUAGCCAAUGUGACUCAGUCACUGCCCUUGCUUCAGGCUCUCAGCCUAUCAGUGUCAUCAGUGGUGCCGCCGAGGAUGGAGCUAUGGGGAAUUAUUCUUUGCCUGCUGGUCUGGCAGUUACUUCGGGGGUUACAGAGGUUGUCGCCAUGGCAGAGGUGGCAAUGGCCAAACUGCGGGUAGAAGGUGAAGCCUUAUCCACAGGGAUGUCUAACUGUGGUUCCUGGGUCAGUGAUCUGAGCAUGGGCAGUGAAGCUGACCAGUCGCUCCACAGCUUCAGCCAAUCUCAGAGCCAGCAAGGGGAAGCCCUAGCUGAUUCUGAAGCCAGCCACAGCUCUGAAAUUGAGGGGCUGGGUGGAUAUGACAGCUCUGGUUGUCGAAGAAGAGGCAGUCUGGAAGGAGAGGUGGUGCUGCAAGAGAAUGGGGCUGAUAAAGCCACUAAAGACAGGCUGAGGAAACUGCCUCCCUCAAUGGCUAAAACUAACAUUCAAAUUCUAACAGGACCUGGUAACCUUUCUUCUUUCAAAACCACAAAAAACAUUCAUCCAUGUGUGGCUGUCAAACACAUGAUGAUCCAAGAACCAACUCUUCUAACGUCACCUACCAAGAGUAGCUUAAUGAAAAAUACAAGCAAAGUUAAUGCAUCACUUUUAGCUUCACUCUCCAGUGAGAUGAGCUUUGAUGACCCCUGGUUGAAGCGUGGCAUGGAGGAGGGAUUCAGAGAGCCUAUGCAUGAAAAUAUUAAAGCUGGGACCGGAGACCACCAGAGCUUCUGUAGAGACGGUGUGGAUCAUGGCAGCUCAAGUUCAGGUGGUGAGGCUAUGUCAUCUCCAGAUUCCUUUAAAAGAGUGGUGGAUGGUUGUGAGAUGGUCACUGUUGUUGCCCAGGGAGACUAUCUGAGUACAUAUAACCCAGAGAUCCACCGCACUGCUAGUCUUCCCCGUGGCUGGCACCGUCUCAACAGACAUGAUGGCUUAGAUAAUGGAAGUGAGUUCCGUAAUUUCGGCGUCACCACCUCAACUCCUUGCAGUCCACGCUCUACUCUUGACCGCCGGGGAUCAACUGGAAAACAAGGCUUUUUCUCUCACAAGAAGGGUAGCAUUCCCCCUCUGCCACCGGUACGCAAGUCUAGCCUUGACCAGCGCAGCAGGGCAGCCAGCCCUCUCCAUCAACCCAGUCAUGGAGCGUCACUGAUGGGCAGCUCAGCAGAUGAUGCAGGGGUAUGUGGCUCUGUAAGUGUUGCCAGACGAGGCUCCGGCAUAGACAGCAGUAGACUUUUCAGUGCCAAGUUGGAACAGCUUGCAAACAGAACCAACUCGUUAGGUCGGGUACACAGUUCCCAUAAUAGUUCCCACCACUAUGACUGCUUCUCCUUGGAGAGGGGUGAGAGCCUGAGAGGAGGAGUUAGGGGGGACAGCACCAUGCCUCGUACUGGCCGUAGUCUCACCCGUGCUGGAUCAGUAUCUUCUUCUACUGCAAACGCGCCCAACUCCAGUUUAAGUUGCAGUACUGGUUCAAGCAGCGCUCCACAGUCACCAGCCAAAACCAGCAGCCAGUCAAAAAUCUCAGCUGUGAGUAAGCUGCUGAUGACCAGUAGUCCCAAAGCCAGGAGUUUGUCUGCCUCCAGCACCAAGACCUUGAGCUUCUCUACCAAGUCUUUAAGUCAAACUACCAGCCGCAGUUCCAGCCUUCCUCCUAAUGGAAAACCCCAGGGCUCAGUACAGGUUCCUCUGCAGCAGCAGGGACCUUCUCCUGCAUCCUGGUCUACCCAGUCUCUGAGCCGCAGUCGUGGAGGAAGCCUGUCAGCCAAGCUGCCUCUCAGGGCUGUUAAUGGUCGUAUCUCAGAGCUCCUCCAGGGAAGUGCAGGCUCCCGUUCCAGGAGUCAUACCCAGGGAGGAGGCACAGAUCCUGGAGAGGAAAGAGGAGUUGGAGCAUCAAGUGGAGGGGCUGCUGGAGCAGGAAGUAGUGGUGUCAGUGGUGGCAGUGGUGUCAGUGCUGUCAGUGGUGUCAGUGGUGUCAGUGGUGGCAGUGGUGUCAGUGGCGGUAGUGCUGGUGGCAGUGGUGUCAGUGGUGGUAGUGCUGGUGGCCUUGGCGAUGAGAAAGCAGCCGUGGUCCAAACACUACCUUCUCCCUACAGCAAGAUCACAGCUCCCAGAAAACCACACAAAUGCAGUAGUGGCCAUGCCAGCGAUAACAGCAGUGUACUGAGUGGCGAGCUCCCUCCAGCCAUGGGGAAAACAGCCUUGUUUUACCACAGUGGAGGCAGCAGUGGCUAUGAGAGCAUGCUGAGAGACAGCAGCGAGAACACAGGAAGCACCUCCUCUGCUCAGGACUCCCUCAGUGAGCACAGCACAGCCACUGCUUCCUCUAGACGCAGCUCCAAAGGCAGCAAGAAGAGCAGGAGCAACACAGGCCUUCAGCGUCGUCGUCUCAUCCCAGCGCUGACCUUGGACUCCUCCUCCUCCUCCUCCGCCUCUCAUCGUUCCUCAAAACAGGCCAUCACUUCUUCUUCCUCCUCCUCCUCCAGCCCUGGCGCAUGCUGGGUAGAUGGACCUCUGGGACCCCCAGGUUCCUCAAACCUCCGCAGCACCACAGCAACAACUGAAAACUUUGAGAUCAAGGUUUAUGAGAUAGAUGAUGUUGAGCGACUACAGAAGAGGAGAGACAAAGGAGGGAGCAAGGAGGUGGUGUCUGUGAGUGCAAAGCUUCGUCUGCUGGAGCAUCGCCAGCAGAGAAUCAAUGAAGUCAGAGCCAAGUAUCACUGUCUGAAGAAAGAACUGGAGCAAACCAAACAGUACCUGAUGCUCGAGCCACAAAAAUGGACCACUGAGUUCGAGCUCCAGCAGGUCUAUGAAGUGGACUCAGUGGAGUAUUUGGAAGCCUUGGAAAUGGUAACGGACAAACUGGAGACCAGAGUCAACUUCUGCAAAGCUCAUCUCAUGAUGAUCACCUGCUUCGACGUGUCCUCGAGACAUCGGUAGACAGAGGGAGAGAAGAGACACAGGAGGACGAGAGGUGGACACACAGCAAGACUUCAUCAGAUGUUGAUUAAUCUAACAUGUUUAGUUUGAAUCUCCUAAAUAUAUACAUCCCUGGAUGACUGGAUAGAUGGAAGGAGGGGCUACAGGGAAUUUGUCAGACUUCCUUAUGACUCCAAAUGUACAGUCGACAGAAGGACGGAUGUAUGGAGAGAUGGAGGGAUAAAAGAAACGGAAACAAACAGAUGACCUUGUAGAUUUUGAUGGAAACAGGCACAAAGCAGCAUCUAAUGGACAGGUUUCUGUGAAUCAGACAAACAUGGCUGCCCAGAAGCACAGACAGAUGGUUUUGAGUCUGAAAAGAAACAUAAUCAAGUGAUGACAUUUUCACACAAGUGAAUGAUUGGACUGCGGAGGAAUCUCUGAGACUCAGACGUUCAUUUAGUCAUGCAUGGAGAAGAAAAAGGAGUGGAGAGUGAAACAAAAACUGCCAUUUUUUUGAAAGCAGGGGAGGAUGAAAGAGAGGUGAAGAACAAAUUCUCCCAUAAUGUUAGAGGAGCACUUUUUAAAGUACACACACAGUUGAGAGCCAUUGACUUUAAACACCGAGCGUUGACUACAGAAUUGCCUGCUAUUGUGCAUUUGCUGAAAGAGAAAGAUAGUAGGACAAUGGAAAUGAUUAAGAUAAGUGCCUUGUGGACAUUUCAACAAUACUGAGACCAAUUCUCUCUUUCUCUUUGUCUCUGAAUUUGUGUACAUGCAUUAAGUUUGGUGCUAGAAUAGAAAAAAAACACACACACAAAAAAAGACAAGUGUCUUCGAAAAAUCUUUGAAUUUAUAGCCAUUAUUAAAUGUGAUGUUUUCCCGUGGCUCAACGUCUUACUAUAGUGGAUUGGAUUCAAUUUAAAAACUUUGGGUUCCCAAUGCCUCGUUUCUACAUAGCUCUGUAUCCGUAUACGAGUAAACCUGGAAAUGUACUCAUGCCGACGGCAACUUUCGUGAUCAACUGCACCUCAACUAUUUUUCUGUCCAGAAAUAACCUCCAUGUAAUUUAAAAACAUAUACACAUUCCACUGGAUUAUGAACAGAUUCUGUUCUGUGCUGUUUCACAGUAUAACCCUGUUCAGUCAUUAACGCAGGUGCCUGCUUUUGACGUUGGUGCUUGCUGAUAAUGUUUUAGAUUGCUUUGCUGCAAAGGCAGUUGUUCCCAGUGCUGGAACCACCACCUUUCCACUGACGGUGAAGCCAGUACUCACCGCUGCUUUGUAGAACAGCCAAUAGGAGGCGCUCUCCCUCUCAGAAUUGCUCUGAAAUGAUUGGUAAAGUUAAAGUGACUUCAGAGACUCAGUGUCCUCAAGGCACCUACAUUAUACUGAAAGAUUAUCUAAUCUUUAAACAUCAACAAACAUAUGUUGCCUACCCCAGCUUUAAUGUUGGUAUAGCUUUUCACCAACGGAGAAGUGCAUAGCUUGGUUAUGAAGCCAGGACACACAUAAUGAGAAAUUAAUGAAACAGACAAAAAUCUGACAUUUUCCCCCGACUUUAUUCACCUACAGAGCACAUCUGAAUUUUGACCCUCUGGGGCACACGUAUAAUCACUCUGAUGCAGCCGUAAUGGCUCUUUCAUGUACAGUAACACGUCUGAGUCACAAAGGUGAGGAAAUGAAAAAUGCUUUUCUAUGUCCCACUGUUAAAAGUACAAGUCCAUGGACUGACACAUGGACCGUCUGUUGUUUGUAUCUGUGUUGUUAUGCUCUAUUCUAAAAGAAACUGAAUGAUGUGUCAAUGUGUGUGUUUUAUAUUAAGGUAUCUUUUUUUAUUUGAGUUAAAUGGGACCAUGUAAAGACUAUGUAUGAUAGAAGGAUAAUAGAAAAUAAGGUAUAAAGAGAGAUUAAAAACUAAAGGAAGAUAUACAGUAUUAAAAGUUAAUACCUUUAAAGGUCCAACAUGCAACAUAAAUAAUGCCUCACUAGACAACAGGAAACAAAUAUGUAAAUAUAUAGCAGAGCACUGAUGUCACGUCACACUUUUCUAUGUGUGGUUAUCAAACCUCUUCUUUGGCAGCAGGUGUAACGGUUGUUUAUCGUGACCAAAAUACAAAAUCCAAGCCCAUUUCAACACUCGGUUCAUUCUGCGUUUAGGAUGUCCUGUACAAACAAGGGGAUUAUUGACUUCAACAGGACUAUUUGAUGCAACAGUAAACGCGGAUAGCAGCAAACCAUGCAGGGAAGAUGGCAGAAAAUAGUUCAAAACUUCCACAUCCAAACAAAGAACAGACAAGGAGAGAGAUAAGACGAGGCUUAAUAUUGUUCCACAAUGACUUGGAGUUAGUCUUUCUCCACCUGGACUCAGAAGUAACUUGACAUUGUGUUAGAUGUCUGUUUUUACUUGUGACAUGACAUUUGUUUUUGCUCUAUUGCAAUGGCUAGUGACACUUAAAUAUUGCAUAUUGGACCUUUAAGGCUUUGUUUUAUUGCAAUCAAAGUAGUGAAAUUAGACUACAAAGGAUACCGUACUGCAAUUCUGUAUCCAGACUAAAAAGUAUAUAUUGAGAAAUGAAGCUAAAGAAAGACAAGGAUGACGACCAAAUUAAGAGACAUGUAUCAUUGCCUGGUUCCAUUUCUUUGAAUGGAUAGAAAAUGUGUUAAUAUUAUCUAUGGUGCUUGAAAUGCUUAUGAUCUUAAUGUUUGUACAAAUAUAAAUAUAUGAAAGAGCCUGUUUCCCUCUGAAAGACAGACCAAUACUUUGUCAAACGCUUCUUCUACAUCGCCAUCGAUUGUCGUCAACACCCACCACCCGUUUCCUCUGAAUGCUCUUUGCCCAGGAAGCAGAGAGCAUCCUGGGCGCCAUUUGUAGUCUGAGAGGGGGGAAAAGUAAAGGAAGAGACGUAACAGGAGAGGAAACGCUGGUUUGAUUCUUUGAGACACAUUCUGUUUUUAGACACAAAACCAGGAAAUCUACAGUAUUUGAAUUCUCAUGCCUGAAUAAAAAUGUGCCACUUAUUAAUUUCAUGUGGGACACACCUGCGAGUUCCUGUAUCUACAAUGUGUUUACAGGCCCAUGAAGUGUUUUUGAAGUGCACCUGCGACGUCUCUUAUUUCCUUUACUAAUCUCCCAGUUCACUGUAGUCAUGAAUGAUGUUUUUAUUUAUUUGAGCUCAAGAGAGCAGAGUUGACGUUGUUAUUUAUUUACGCCUUACGACCUUCGGAAGUUACUAUGCAUUUACGGAAAAAAAAAAGAAAUUGUACAUUGCUGAGCCCAUGCCAUAAAUAUAUAUAUACUGUACACAUAACACAUAUGUGCUCAUCUUUAUUUUGGAUAUUUUCUGUUGACUUCCUUUGCUCUUUUUGUUCCGGUUGGGAAUUUUAAUGGGUUUGGGUUUCCUGAAAUGUCCACAUGCAGAUUCAACACAAGAGCUACAGUCCAUCUAAUACUGCGCAGACUUUAAAACGAUGGAUUUAUGGUUAAUUAAGGUGUUGCUUAAUAU